ACUCGGACAGCAUAGAGGUGCGGACCUGAUGCUGUGUGGUGUGGUGCAGCAGACACCAUCAGCUGAUGGAGCUUCAUGGAGGAGACGAGGCUGAGGCUGAGGCUGAGGCUGAGGCUGCCUGGGAAGAAGUGUCCGUGUUAUCGGCCAUUUACUGCGCACAGGGAGAGCUCCGGCUCCUGCAGCAGUCCGCUGACGAUGGGCCUGUGGUUCAGAUCAACAGCACUGUUGGAGAAGAAAGAAGGCUGGACGUCAGUCUGCUGUUCCAUCUACAUCCCCGCUACCCUUCCUGUCCCCCCAACAUCUCUGUCUCUUCCACUGGUCUUUCUAGGACUCAGUGUCACGAUAUAAGACAGAAGCUGCUGGACCACGCUGCAGCCUUACCCCUGGAACCAAUGGUCCAUCAGCUAGUCCAGUGGUUCCAGCAGCAUGUGGAGGUGCCAGAGGAGUUGAGUAGAGGCGAGGAGGAGAAAGAGGAGCAGUGUACUGCAGUGCUGCUGCUGGAUCACAUCCGAUCACACAAUCGUUAUGUUGGACUGUUGGAGCGCUGGACCCAGCAGCUGCAGCUCACUGGGAGGUUAUUACUGGGACGCCACAUACUGGUUAUUCUGCAGGGACUCAGACCCAGCAUCAAGGAGUUCUGUCGUCUCUUGAAGACAGUGAAGGUGGAUGUGGAUUCUUCAGGCAAGAAAUGCAAAGAGAGGAUGAUGAAGGUUCUCAUUGAAACCCCUUUGUCUUCCUCCUGUGCACACGGUCUUCAGGGUUUUGUCGUGAAGAACUACCAGUCGUUAGCAGAGCUGACCGCAGCCUUUCAGGAAAUCAACAUGACUCAGCUCUACCAGCAAAUAUCGCCAUCAUUAAGUGACUGACCACACACACACACACGUUACCACGGUGACUGAAUCUUAAUUGAGAAGACGACCAUGUUGUAGAAGUGGACAAGUGCACACAGGAAGAGCUGAUGAAUCUGGUGAUUCAUUGAUGGACUGAUGAGACCACACAUUAUAUCUGAUGUUAUGUACAUGUGUUUAACAAUAAAACUCUGAGCUGUUGCUAUUGGCACACCUUUA